AUGAGUUCUGAAGCGUUGUCUGCAGAAGAGCGCCAGCUUAUCGAAGCUAAAAGAAGAAAAGCCCUUGAGUCCCGUAACCGACAUGCUCAGAGCGGGACUACUAGCUCAGUACCCAUAGUUAAUAAACAGAAUAUGCCUAUUAGACAGUCUUUGCCUCACCAAAGUGAACGCGGUGUUACACAGGCUGCAAAGCUUGGCCAAGACUUCAUACGUAUGGCAAGAGGCUGGACGAAUACUAGUCAACCAACGAUUGCAAAAGUUGCUUCACAUCCUAUCAAGCAACAAAUUUCACAAGUUAAACAGACUGUCAUACCGAAAUCCAAUACCAAUACAUUUCCCUCAAAAAAUUCUCUUCCACUUAAUGAUGUUGUCAAUACAAAGAAUAACCUAGUGAAUGUACUUUGUACAUUAUGUUCACCUAAAAGGUUUGAAGUAUAUGCAAGAUAUCAUAAUGGAUUGACUCAAUUAUUUAAAACUAUGGCUUCAAAACAGUAUGAUUCUCAGACCAGAAGAUGGUCAUUCGACUUAUCCGAGUAUCAUGACUUUGUUGCCAAAGUCAAUGCUAUUGAUGAAUUGCAUUUAGAAGGACUUCCAUAUGCUGUCCUCAAAAUUUUUCGUAAUGAACUUUCAACGAAACCAGAAGGGAAUAAUUUAAGUAACAAUAAAAAUAACACUGAUAUUGAUCAUGAUAUGCUGAAGGACAGAAUACCAGAUGACCUGUUGGCUGCUAUGUUUCCAUUUCAGAAAGACGGUGUAUGCUUAGCGUUAAAAAGAUCUGGACGAAUAUUAUUAGCUGAUGAUAUGGGUCUCGGUAAAACUAUUCAAUCGUUAGCUAUUGCAUUCGCUUAUUACUCUGAAUGGCCAUUAUUAAUUAUUGCUCCAUCGUCUGUACGAUUUUCAUGGAGAGAUCAAAUUAUUCGUUGGCUUGGUAAAGCUUUAAAUUUAAAUUUAACGCAUAUUACUGUUGUUAACUCUGGUAAAGAUAUUGUCACAGAUUCGAAUUCAUUUAAUCCCCCACCAAUCACCAUAAUCAGUUAUGAUUUAAUGAGUCGAUAUGGUAAAGAAUUACUUAGACGAAGAUAUGGUGUUGUUAUUGCAGAUGAGUCGCAUUUUCUAAAAAAUAUCAAAGCUGCUCGAACAAAGGCUGCUACACCAAUUUUAAAGUGGGCUAAAAGAGUUCUACUCCUCUCUGGUACGCCAGCUAUGUCAAGACCGGCUGAAUUAUUCCCUCAAAUCUCUGCCAUUGCUCCUGAUCUCUUUCGAGGUGGUUUUCAUGAAUUCGGCUUACGGUAUUGUGCAGCUAAAGAAUGUCCUUGGGGUUGGGAUUAUUCAGGCUGUUCAAAUAUGACUGAGUUACAGUUGGUUUUAGAGAGAUCAAUCAUGAUACGACGUGUGAAGACUGAUGUAUUGUCACAACUGCCAGCUAAACGUCGUGAACUGGUUGUACUUGACCCAAAUAUAAUUAAGAAGGGCAGCCUUGACAGACAUGCUAAAACAAUGCUGACUAAUAAAUUAUCUAGUAAAGAAAAGCGUUCAGCACUUUUUGAAUAUUUUCAUGCAACUGGUUCAGUAAAGCUGGCAGCUGUAGAACAAUAUGUAUUGGAUUUAAUUGAUUGUGGUCGUAAAUUCCUGCUUUUCGCUCAUCAUACACACGUUCUUGAUAGCUUGGAUAAAUCAUUAUCAGAAAAGUCAAUCAGUUUUAUACGUAUUGAUGGUCGUACAAAUUCAGAACAACGUUCUGUUGUUUGUCAAAAGUUUCAAAGUGAUGAAGACUGUCGUGUAGCAUUGCUUUCAAUUACUGCUGCUGGUACAGGUCUUAAUUUAACUGCUGCUAAUUUAGUCAUAUUUGCUGAGUUGUUUUGGAAUCCUGGUGCUUUAGUUCAAGCAGAGGAUAGAGCUUAUCGGAUUGGUCAAAUGGAUUCAGUGUUAGUACGUUAUUUAAUUGCAGAGCAGACUGCUGAUGACUUUAUCUGGCCUCUUGUUGAGCGUAAAUUAGAAGUGUUGUCUAAAGCUGGUUUAAAUCGAGAAACUUUUCGAAUGGCUGAUUCAACUAGACUUGGGAGUUCGACGACAUUAGAACAACAAAAAAUCUUGGACUAUUUCAAACAAGAGUUAGACGAAGAUGUAGAAGAUUAUAAUGCUAUCUUGCCGUCUACCAGUGAAGAGGGUAACUCUGAAUCUUUGAAAACAAAAUGUGAUACUAAACAAAAUGAUAGCAAUACUAUUACCAUUACUACUACUACUACUACUACCAAUAAUUAUAAUAACAUUACUGCUGGUAAAGAUAAUAAAAAUAAUAGUAAAGAGGAAAGUAUGGAGUCUUCCAGAUUAUCCACACCGAAAAUCACCAGUCUAUUCAGUUCCAAGUCUCACUUAUUAGUCAAUACUGAAAAAGAUGAAUCAAAGAAACAUUUGCUAGUUCCAUCUUCACCAGAAUCGAAUCAUUCUGAAACAUUUCCACAUAAAAGUGAAGAUGGUGACAAUAAUGAAAAUGUUGUUGAUGUGUUAUGGACUGAUGACUUUAUUGAACAGUUGGAGGAAUCUGAUAUUGUUGAGAAUAAUGAAGAGUUUUCAUCUGUACUGGAUGAUGAUAUUCUACUGUCAGAAGCGGUUAAAGCCGCUGAAGCAGCUGAAGUCAAAUGGCUCACUGAAGGUCUUAUCAAAGAGAGUGAUUUUGAUACUGAUGUCGAUUUAUAG